AUGACCAACAUUCGACCUUUCUGUCUAAAUGACCUCUUUCGGUUCAAUAACGUCAAUUUAGAUCCGUUCACGGAAACCUAUGGCCUCAACUUUUACCUUCAGUAUCUUACACACUGGCCUGAGUACUUUCAGGUAGCAGAAGCGCCAAAUGGAGACAUCAUGGGCUACAUCAUGGGGAAGAUUGAAGGGAACGGAAACAACUGGCACGGCCAUGUCACCGCUCUAACCGUGGCACCACAGUAUCGUCGCCUGAAUCUCGCCGGAAAACUGAUGAGUGGACUAGAGUAUAUCUCUGAAAAGAAGCAAGCCUAUUUUGUAGACUUGUUUGUUCGCGUCUCAAACGUUGUGGCCAUUGAAAUGUACAAGAAACUAGGGUACAGCGUUUACCGAACUGUCCUCGAGUACUACACUGGAGAUCCAGACGAAGAUGCUUAUGAUAUGAGAAAAGCAAUGCCUCGCGACGUGGAUAAAUUAUCGAUAAUACCUUUACAGCACCCUGUGACAUUAGAUGAGUUGGAAUGA